AGAAAAACAACAUUUGUACAAGAGUUUAACCGUGGCCUUGGUCUGAUAACAAUGAAUCAUUAUUACAUUGCUUUUAUGUGCACUGUGCUUGGCACUGAAUUACUAAGGAGCUUCGGUACCCCUGUCAAAUCCCCAAGGUUCAGAGGUCGGGUGCAGCAUGAACGAAAAAAUAUUAGGCCAAAUAUUAUACUUGUGCUUACAGAUGACCAAGAUGUGGAGCUUGGGUCCUUGCAAGUGAUGAAUAAAACCAGGAAAAUAAUGGAAAAUGGAGGUGCCAGUUUUGUUAAUGCAUUUGUAACCACUCCAAUGUGCUGUCCAUCUCGGUCCUCGAUGUUGACAGGGAAAUAUGUUCACAAUCACAAUGUCUAUACUAAUAAUGAGAAUUGCUCUUCUCCCUCCUGGCAAGCAACACAUGAGCCACGUACCUUUGCUGUGUAUCUCAACAAUACUGGAUAUAGAACUGCUUUUUUUGGAAAAUACCUCAAUGAAUACAAUGGCAGCUAUAUCCCUCCUGGCUGGCGAGAGUGGGUUGGAUUAAUAAAAAACUCUCGUUUCUAUAAUUACACUGUUUGUCGCAAUGGCCUUAAAGAGAAGCAUGGAUUUGAAUAUGCAAAGGACUAUUUUACAGAUUUAAUCACCAAUGACAGUAUCAAUUAUUUCAAAAUGUCUAAGAGGACAUAUCCCCAUAGACCUAUAAUGAUGGUGAUCAGCCAUGCAGCUCCCCAUGGCCCAGAGGACUCUGCACCACAAUUCUCUGAGCUGUAUCCAAAUGCUUCUCAGCACAUAACUCCUAGUUACAACUAUGCACCCAAUAUGGAUAAGCAUUGGAUCAUGCAAUACACAGGGCCUAUGCUUCCCAUCCAUAUGGAAUUUACAAAUACCUUGCAACGCAAAAGACUUCAAACUCUGCUGUCAGUUGAUGAUUCCAUGGAAAGGUUAUAUCAUAUGCUAGUGGAAACUGGAGAACUGGAGAAUACUUACAUUAUUUACACUGCUGAUCAUGGUUACCAUAUUGGACAGUUUGGACUGGUCAAGGGAAAGUCAAUGCCAUAUGAUUUUGAUAUUCGCGUUCCUUUCUUUAUUCGUGGUCCAAGUAUAGAGCCGGGAUCAGUAGUAUCUCACAUGGUGCUAAAUAUUGACCUUGCUCCAACAGUUUUGGAUAUUGCAGGACUUGAUACACCUCCAGAUAUGGAUGGCAAAUCUAUUCUAAAACUUCUGGACCUUGAGAAAUCAGGGAACAGGUUUCGAACAAACAAGAAAACCAAAGUUUGGCGUGAUACAUUCCUGGUGGAAAGAGGCAAAUUUUUGCGUAAGAAAGAAGAAUUGGGCAAAAAUACCCAGCAGUCAAAUCAUUUGCCUAAAUAUGAGAGAGUAAAAGAAUUAUGUCAACAAACACGAUACCAAACAGCUUGUGAACAACCUGGCCAGAAAUGGCAGUGUAUUGAAGACACAUCUGGAAAACUACGUAUUCACAAAUGCAAAGGGGCCGGUGACGUUCUUGCUAUGAGAAAAAGAACACGGAGUUUACAUUCCCAGGGAUAUAGCAGCAAAGAAAAUGACUGUGAUUGCAGGGACGCUGAUUAUCAGACCAGUCGGGCCCAAAGGAAAAAUCAAAGGGGUUUCAUGAGGACCUCCAGUGUACAAAGUGGUAAUCUAGAAGAGCAAAGAUGUUUUAUUCUUUCAAAUGACUCUAUUCAUUGUGAAAGGGAGCUAUAUCAUUCAUCCAGAGCUUGGAAAGAUCACAAAGCCUACAUUGACAAGGAGAUUGAAGCUCUCCAGGAUAAAAUUAAAAAUUUAAGAGAAGUAAGAGGACAUCUUAAAAGACGAAAACCAGAUGAAUGUGACUGUAGCAAAAAGAGCUAUUAUCACAAAGAAAAGGAGGCAAAAGUUCAAGAAAAGCUUAAGACAAGUCACCUACAUCCAUUCAAGGAAGCUGCUCAAGAGGUGGAUGGUAAACUUCAGCUCUUCAAAGAGAAUCGGAGGAGAAAAAAAGAAAGGAAAGGGAAAAAGCGCCAGAAGAAAGGAGACGAAUGCAGCCUUCCUGGACUCACUUGCUUUACUCAUGACAACAACCACUGGCAGACUGCACCAUUCUGGAACUUGGGAUCAUUUUGUGCUUGUACAAGCUCCAACAACAACACUUACUGGUGUUUGCGAACAGUAAAUGAAACACACAACUUCCUCUUCUGUGAAUUUGCUACAGGAUUUUUGGAGUAUUUUGAUAUGAAUUCUGAUCCGUAUCAGCUGACAAAUUCAGUACAUACGGUAGAAAGAGGCAUUUUGAACCAGCUACACCUUCAGCUAAUGGAGUUACGAAGUUGUCAAGGUUAUAAGCAGUGCAAUCCAAGACCUAAGGGACUUGACACAGAGGGCACUUAUGGCAUGGAUGGGAAGGCUAAGCUCCCAAAUUUUACAGAAAGUAUCAACUGGCAAGGACUGGAAGAUUUGUACAGUGUGAAUGAAAGUUUAUAUGAAGCCAGACACAAUUACAGCAUUAAUUCUGAUGACUGGAGAAAUUACUUGAAGGAUGUAGAUAGAAUCUUUGCACUGCUGAACAGUUACUCUAAGCAAAAUCAAAGAGCAGAGACUCCCACUGUUAAUAACAGUGAAAACUUGGAUGAAUCAUCCACAUCAUUUUCCUUGCUGGGAAUGAGCUCUGCUGAAACAGAUGAAGCUUCGAGUGGGUUCACAACCCUAGAGGCUCAACCUAUCAUCCCAACAUAUUAUGGAGACCUGACCUUGAGCACAGUAGUGUCAAGCAAGGAUGGCAGACUUGAACUAAGCAAUGAUAUUCCUGCAAAAAGGAGUACAAACGGUCACCAAGCCAAAACAUGGCUAAAGAUUGAAGAGCCAGUUAAUUCAGAAAUGGAUUUUAGUGGGAACGAUUUGACAGAACUGGAGUCCAGACACAGCUUCAUCUUGCAACCAAUUAACAUUAUUCAGAAAGCCUCUAUGACAGACAAAGAUUUUGCACAGGGUAUUUUUGAAGAGCAAGUCUACCUGCCCAUGAACUCCGCUGCAAAAAUAAUCAGCUGGGCUUUAAACACAUUUGUUCUGAAACAUAAAACUGAAAUGUUGAGAAAAAGGGAAAGUUUUCAGAAAUCUUCAGAGUUUCUGAAUGAAGAAGGCAGUGCUUCAAAUCCACUCCCCUCAAAUUAGCCUGUGUUAGCAAGUCAGACACUAUUAAUUAGGUAGCAAAUGGAACAACCGUUUUAUAGCAAAAUUCCAUAGUGUGUAUUUUAUAUACAAAUUCUUGUCAAUGUGACUGCAGCUACUAGAAUCCGAGAAUUAAAAAGGCACCAUUGUGCUUUUUUAGCAGAGCUCUAUUUUUUAAAGUAGUGUGAAUGCACCUUCAAAGGAAAUGAGCUCAUUUUUUUGUUCUCAUAACAAAUAUUCUUAUCCAAUGUUUUGAGUAUUUUUUAUUAAUUUGAACCAUUGAAAUUUCAUAUUGUCAAAGUAAACUUACAUGCCCUUUUGUAAUCUUUGUGCCAUAGUCUUUAUUAAUCUGACUCGUCUACAUGUUCUUAGUUUUGCUAAUACAAUGUAAUUUGCAAAACAAUAAAAGAAAUUGAUAGAGAAUGCAUUAUGUACAUGGAUUGUAAAAAGCAAUUACUGGUAUAUUGAGCAGAUUUUCACGUUUGAUUUAAAACCGUUAUGUUCAAAUUGAUUCAUAGAAACGUUUUUUCUUAGAUAUAACAAACAGGAAACUUAACAGAAAGUUAAAGUGAGUUAAUUUUCCAAUAAAUAGGAACUAAAUUGUAAUUAAGAUUUUUAUUUUUUCAGGAAAAUUCGAUUUCUACUUUGCAAAAGGUCUUAAUGUAUUCACAGCUGUUCUAGUCAUUUUAGAAUAAAAUCCAGUCCAAAGAAAGGUUCUAUAUAUAAAUAUGCUAUAUAUUAUAUUGCAUCUUGGCACACUUGCAGAUGUGCAACACAUACCCUUUUUUAAACACAAUUUAAGACAGCACAAUUGCAUUGUCGUAUCUGUAUGUAGCCAUACAGAAUACUGGAUUGUAGGUAUACCUUUUAAAACAGCAAGGAAUAAUGUUAUGUACAAAACCACUUCUCCACUGUUCUCCAGAAUCAAGGAAAAGAAUGCUUCCCACAGAAAUAUCAGUUUGCAUAUGUUGGUUUAAUAAAGUGCUUUAGAAUAUAGUAUCUGAACAGGGGAAAAUAGAUACAGUCAUCUGGAAUUGUAUGAAGGUAAAGAUUGUUCCUAAAAUGUGGGGUUUGG